GAUUCCUUCGAAUUGCUGAUUCAUUUGACUCGAGCGUGAAUUUAAUUUGUACGAUGGUCAAAGGAGAUCCACUAUAUGAGACGAUAGGUCCAAUUAGGAUAUAUGACGAACUAAUUGUGUAUUUCCUACCCGAACGCCCGGAAGAGAAUAUAAUUUAUGCGCUGCGCUCAACAUUAUAUAGACAAGCUAUGGACACUAUUCUUCAAGAAACUCCACUUGACUUAUCAUUAACCUUAACGCACAAAAUAUCAAAUCUGCCGCUAUCUCCGCCAACUAGUGAUGACGAACAAAAGUCUAUAUUAAGUGACUCCUCAAGUUCAUUAUUAUCGCUUAACGACAACACAAAUGAUAAUUUUUUGACGUGUUCAGUUGAGCAUUAUAGGGAUAGUAAUUUAAAAAACAAAACUGCGGAAAAUAAUGUUAAUACUAAUUUAUAUCAGUUUGACUCAAAAAAAAACUAUGGACGAAGUGAAAAAUCGUUAUUACCAUGUGAAGUCUGUAGAAAGGCAUUUGACAGGCCUAGCUUGCUCAAAAGGCAUAUGAGAACCCACACAGGUGAGAAGCCGCAUGUGUGUUUGGUAUGCGGUAAAGGAUUUAGCACUUCCAGUUCACUUAAUACACAUAGAAGGAUCCAUUCCGGAGAAAAGCCUCACGAAUGCCAAGUGUGUGGGAAAAGGUUUACCGCGAGCAGUAACCUUUAUUACCAUAGAAUGACUCAUAUUAAGGUAAUUUUGUUUUUAUUAUACGUACGGCCUUAG